UCCUCAGCAUCAUUCAGCAGCAUUCGCCCAGAAGACAAGCGCCGUACUGCUGUUCACACCCCGGUUCCGAUCUCAUUACCUCCGAGAUCUGCUUAUAUAUCGGUGUCGUUAAGAGCAUACUCUUCUUUCCAAAUUUUUGAACAGCUUGUUUAAAGAUGUUGGCGUGCACCGAAAUGAUCACGAUGUGUCUCCAGUCGGCGAAGCGCGAGCAUCUCCGCUCCAAACAGCAGCAGCAGCAGCAUCAGAUCCAGGAUGCGGUUCAUGGACUGUCCAUCUUUCACGAUAUUUUCCGUCGAGCUGACAAAAACGAUGACGGGAAGCUGUCCUUUGAGGAGUUUAAAGCGUACUUUGCAGAUGGGAUACUGACAACCGACGAGCUGCGUGAGCUCUUCUACUCCAUCGAUGGGCGGCAGACAAAUAACCUCGAUACAGACAAACUAUCAGAUUACUUUUCCCAGCAUCUUGGAGAAUACCUGGAUGUUCUAUCAGCGUUAGAGAAACUCAAUGUUGCUGUCCUAAAGGCAAUGGACAAGACGAAGGAGGAAUACCAGGGUUCGUCGGUUCUGGGGCAGUUUGUGACCCGUUUCAUGUUGAGGGAGACGUCCAGUCAGCUGCUGUCGCUCCAGAUGUCUCUGCAGUGUGCAAUGGAGGCCGUGGAGGCGCAGAGCAGCACCACUCCGGUUGAAGUUAAAGUCCCGGAGCAUCUGGUCAUACAGAAAAACAACAGAAGAUGUGGCCGUCGAGUGCAGAAGAACAUGUGUCUGUCCCCGACUGAUCCGUACUCGGGCAUUCUCACUACCGGCGUUACCGUAGAUACAGAUGAGCACUGGUGCUCUCAGAUCAACAGACUGCAGCAGCUCAUCGACAAACUGGAGUGUCAGAGUCCAAAGUUGGAGCCGCUGAAAGAAGAUACACUGGCCAGCACGUACAAAUCAAACAUUCUGCUGGUGCAGAGACAAAUGAGCGUGACAGAGAAUGAUCUCGAGGAGUUCCAGAAGGCUCUGAAGACCUACGCCGACACCACCGCUAAUCAGAACGACAACCUCCAUGUGUCCAUCCAGAAGCUCCCUGAGAAGAGCUGCUACAUCAUCUAUGAGUUCUGGCAGGACCGUAUUUCCUGGAUGAGUUAUUUGCAGUCUGAUGCCAGUAAGAUGUUCCAGCGCUGCAUCAUAGAUAUGCUGGAGGAUCCAGAGAUCGUCUCCACGAUGCUCAUGCCGGCGUCCUGGUGGAUCAUGACAAACAACUAACAGCACCAAACAAAACACCAUUCACCGCCCACCGCUGAACCCCAAUAUGAAAAAUGACCCCGGUGUGUCUUUGAAUUAAUAACUAGACCUAAAAAAGCAGAUGAAUCAACUGUACGUGUGACACACACGCCGUUUUUGUGUUGCGUUUUAUAGAUAACGUCUGUCUGAUAGUUCACUGAAAACAAAACAUGUUACACAGGGUUGUGCAUCAUUCAGAACUGAAUUCAGAUGCUUUUACAUUCAAGUUCAAUUCCUGAAUUUGAAUCGAAUUUGCAAACAGGAAGCAGAAAGGUUUGAAAAUCAGAGAAAAUGCUGUAGUAUUUUAAAUUAUUUAUUUAUUUUAUUAUAUUUAAUUAUUAUUAAAAUUUAAAGAAAAUAUAAAUGCUGUAAAAGCAUUUUAUUAUAAUUAAUUAUUGCGUUAUUUACAUUUUAUUAAAAUAUAUUUUAUUUUAUUAAAAUUCAAUUCAAUUAAUUGUAUUUUAAAUUCUGAUUUAAUAAGCUACUUUUCCUUUUAUGGAAUGUAGUGGGCGAACAAUUUCACAGAAUCUAAGAUAUAUCAGUAGAGUCAUAUUUUGAUGGUAAUAUUUAUUUUUUAUUUAUUUUUAAAAUAUAUUUAGUAAUUAUUUUUAAGUUGUCUGGUGGACAGAUUGGUGGUAAAUAUUUUAAUUGGUUUGAUUUUUUUUUACUUAGUUGAUCAGUUGAUUAAAAUGUCAGGAAAAUAAAUAGGCAUAAUUAGGCGAAAUAAUGUUGUAAAUAUUUAUGUUUUAGAGCUUGCAUUGUUUAGAGCUUAAUGGAAUUCCUCUUUGGAAUUGCAACUCAGUAGAUUCUCAAUUCAGCAACUGAUUCAAUUCAGAUUCACACUCAUGAACUGAAAGGAUCCGAAUCUUCAGCUCUAAAUCGUGCGUAACCCGACGCUAACGGGCAUGGGUGUAAUAUUCCUCGCAUGUACAGAAAAUCAAAGCGUAUGUUGCUCCAUUCCGUAACGAAGCUUUUGAAGGCAGUAGCUUUGAUGCAGUUGCAGCGAAUCUCAGAGCAAAACAACAUGAAGAAAACAAGAAUUCAUGUGUUCUUGUAAAUAAUUAAGAAACCACUAGCAAAAUGAUCUGCUACUUGAGUCUAACACCUUUAAAGUCACUUUUAUGUCUCUGGAUACCGGAACAUGGACGUGCAUGCCGAUUAGGAGAUGUUUUAUAGUGGCGGUUGAUUUGCAACAAACAUGUUGAUCGCAGAUUAUUUCUCAAGACAAGUUUGGAAUAUUUGAGUCGAGUGUGAAUAGAAUAGACAUUUAAUGGAGAUGUACAGCCGUGCCAUUUUUCUGUAAACCUUUCUGAAGGUGUUUAGAGGACUAGUUCACCCAAACUAAUACUUCUGGCAUCAUUAACUCACACUCAUGUUGUUUCAAACCUCAUAUAUUCAUAUUUCAAAUAUUUCAAAAUAUACAAAAAAAGUGAAAAAUAUGUUUCAAAAUGGAUGUUUUUUGGUCAUUAUUUCUAUAUUUUUGAAAACAUAUAUUAAAAAUCUAAAUAUAUUUUUAAAAGCAUUUAAAAGCCCUCUAUAUAUUUCAGUCCAAGAAAAUACAUUCACAAACAGAAAAAGUUUAUUUGUUGUCUAUAACAUGUGCGAACACAUUUAAAUAAAAUCAAAUAAUCAAUAAAACCUAAUUGUAAGCUACUAUAAGAUUGGAAAUGUAUUUUUGACAUUAAAAUUUGUUGGUAUAUGAAGAUUGAAAGCAAAUAUGUCGAAAUUUUAAAAGUAUAUUCACCAUUAACAACAAAUUUUACAACAUAGCAUAUAUUCAAAUAUAUUUUGGCCUGGAAAAUAAAAAAAUAUAUAUAAAUAUAUAUAGUAUGGGACAACAUGUGGUUGAGUAAAUGCUGAUUUUUGGGUGAUCUAUUCCUUUAGUUUACCGCAUAGACACUAUAAGAUCCUGGUUUGACUGUUUUAUUGAACAUGGAAACCUGCUAGUUGUUGUACUAUUCAUGCAUCUUAACUGAAAACAGAAACUUGACCUUUUUGCUUUAGUUUUUUCACUUGUGAUUUAGUCCAUUGAAUGAAAAUAAAACUCAAAUGAUUA